AUGGUGGUUCGGGGGUUUGGGGGUGUGUGGGUUGCAGGUGUGUGGGUUGCGGGUGUGUGGGUUGCGGGUGUGUGGGUUGCGGGUGUGUGGGUUGCGGGUGUGUGGGUUGCGGGUGUGUGGGUUGCAGGUGUGUGGGUUGCAGGUGUGUGGGUUGCGGGUGUGUGGGUUGCAGGUGUGUGGGUUGCGGGUGUGUGGGUUGCGGGUGUGUGGGUUGCGGGUGUGUGGGUUGCGGGUGUGUGGGUUGCGGGUGUGUGGGUUGCGGGUGUGUGGGUUGCGGGUGUGUCUGACGUGGCACAUCAGCAGGAGGUGGUGGCGACGCUCAAGAACACACUGGCCACUGGCAAUCUGCCCCAUCUGCUCUUCUACGGUCCGCCCGGAACAGGCAAGACGUCGACAGCGUUGGCCAUAACCAAGGAACUCUUCGGGCAAGACGUCCGCAGUGCUGGCAAUCCAAUCACCAAGAAGCACUUUGGCCCCGAGCUCUAUUCUUCGCAAGUGUUGGAGCUGAACGCGAGUGACGACAGGGGCAUCAGUGCGGUGCGGCACACACCAAGAUCAGCCACACACACCACGACGUUUCUGUCUAUCCGUUCCAUACCGUCUGUGGCACCCCCUCCCCUCCCCAGAGCGUGUUUUAACAUACCGUCUGUGGCACCCCCUCCCCUCCCCAGCCCUGAGCUCUACCCCUCACCGUCACCAGUGUUGGAGAUGAACGCGAGUGACGACCGGCGCAGGGGCAUCAGUGUGCUAUACUCGUCCCGGGUGCUGGAGCUGAACGCGAGUGACGACAGGGGUAUCAGUGUGGUGCGCACCAAGAUCAAGGACUUUGCUGGCGUGGCCGUGGGGCAUGGGGUCAGGUGA